AUGGCGGCAGAAAGCCCAGAGACAGAUGGUCCCAGAUCCCACAUGCCUGCUGAGCUCCACCAUCCCCACUCUAAGUAUUCUCAGUGGAAGUUUAAGCUGUUUAGGGUGAAGUCCAUGGAGAAGGCACCUCUACCCAGUGAAACACAGCUUGAGAUAGGAGCCUCAUUAGAAAUCUCACCUCCUGCAGUUCCAAAUAUAGAGACAGAUCAUGAUGCGGGUCCAAGUGUUAUGAAACUGUGCCUGGGGGGAAAAAGCAAAGAAAAUGUAGAGGGCCCUGGCAGAAGAGUGGAUAUGAAGUUACAGGAAAUGGACACUCAUAUGAACCACCUCAGGUGCUUGUGCCGUAUUUGUGGCGUGCUGCUGAGGAAAGUCAAAGGACCUGUGCAUGAUGUUCAUGGAGCUCUGGAUGAAGUGAGCAAAUGUGCACUGCGCAAAAUGGGCUGUAAGUUCACAACCUGGUCGGAAGUCAUCCUGAAAGUCUUCAAAGUGGAUGUGACUGAGGACACAGAGUCAGUUCACCCUCUUUCUUUCUGCCAUCGGUGCUGGAUGACUGCCAUUCGAGGAGGAGGUGUCUGCAGCUUCACAAGACCAAAAAUCACUGAGUGGAAGCCACACUCUUCUCACUGCAACAUUUGCUCUCCCAGGAAACCUUCAUUCCAAAGGACAGGGAGGAAGAGGAGGAAAAUUAUUCCUAGGGUGCAGAGUCUAGCCAAAAGGAACAGGUGGGACCAUGGUGAAAGCAUUGCUGUAGGUGAGAAGAGAGCCUUGAGACCCUUUGGAGACCGCCCUGGGCCUGUGUUGAGAGCCUGGAAGAAAACUGGCAUCCAGAGAGAGCAGUGGGUCAAGAACAUCACCCACUGCCAGAAUGCCCACCUGAGUAUCAAGCUGAUCUCUGAGAAGCUCCCUGUGGACUUCAUCAUUUCAUUCACCUGCCUGGUGUGUGACCACCUGCUGUCAGAUCCAGUUCAGUCUCCCUGUGGGCACCUUUUCUGCCGCAGCUGCAUUAUAAAAUUCAUCCACGUUCUGGGACCCCACUGCCCUGCAUGCAACCUUUCCUGUGCCCCAGAUGAUCUCAUCUCUCCUGCCAAAACCUUUUUAUCCACGCUGUUUGCUCUGCCACUGCUGUGCCCCUGCGAAGGCUGUGGUGAGCAUGUACAACUAGAUUUAUUCAAGGCACACUGUCUGAGCCAUGAACUGCAGAAAGGUACAAACCAACACUCAUCUGAAUUAGAAAACUACUUGCUAACCAAUAAAGGUGGAAGACCCCGGCAGCACUUGCUCUCUUUAACUCGUCGUGCUCAAAAGCAUCGGCUAAGAGAUCUGAAGAGCCAGGUGAAGGUGUUUGCAGACAAAGAGGAAGGUGGUGAUCUGAAGUCGGUGUGUCUGACACUGUUUCUGCUUGCUCUGAGAUCUGGGAAUGAACAUCGGCAGGCAGAUGAGCUUGAGGCCAUGAUGCAAGGAAGAGGCUUUGGUUUGAGUCCUGCUGUGUGCUUGGCCAUUCGGGUCAACACUUUCCUGAGCUGCAGCCAGUACCAUAAGAUGUACAGGACGGUCAAAGCCACCAGUGGUCGUCAAAUCUUUCAGCCCUUGCACACCCUCAGAGCUGCAGAAAAAGAGCUUCUCCCUGGCUUUCACCAGUUUGAAUGGCAGCCAGCUCUAAAAAAUGUGUCUACAUCUAGCAGUGUUGGCAUUAUUAAUGGCCUCUCUGGAUGGACAUCCUCGUUGGAUGACUCUCCAGCUGACACCAUCACUCGACGCUUUCGCUAUGAUGUGGCACUGGUGGCAGCGUUAAAGGAUCUGGAGGAAGACAUCAUGGAGGGGCUGAGAGAGACUGGGAUGGAAGACAGCGCUUGCACCUUAGGUUUUAGUGUCAUGAUCAAGGAAUGUUGUGAUGGCAUGGGCGACGUCAGUGAAAAACAUGGAGGAGGACCAGCUGUUCCUGAAAAGGCUGUUCGCUUCUCUUUCACUGUUAUGUCUGUUUCUAUCCAGGCUGAAGAUGACAAUGAAGAAAUUACCAUUUUCACAGAACCAAAACCAAACUCAGAGCUAUCCUGUAAGCCCCUUUGUCUUAUGUUUGUGGAUGAGUCAGACCACGAGACACUUACAGGUGUCCUGGGGCCUAUUGUUGCAGAGCGUAAUGCAAUGAAAGAAAGCAGGCUCAUUCUGUCCUUGGGUGGCAUGCCACGCUCGUUUCGCUUCCAUUUCAGAGGCACGGGCUAUGAUGAAAAGAUGGUGCGCGAAAUGGAGGGGCUGGAAGCCUCGGGGUCUACAUAUAUCUGUACUCUCUGUGACUCCAGUCGAGCAGAGGCCGCUCAAAAUAUGGUGUUACACGCCAUCACUCGCAGCCAUGAGGAAAAUCUAGACCGUUAUGAAAUCUGGAGAACCAAUCCUUUCUCUGAGUCUGUAGAUGAGCUGCGAGACCGAGUCAAAGGAGUCUCUGCCAAGCCCUUUCUGGAGACCCAGCCCACCAUGGAUGCAUUACACUGUGACAUCGGCAACGCCACUGAGUUUUACAAAAUUUUCCAGGAUGAGAUCGGGGAAGUCUACAAAAAGGUCAACCCCAGUCGGGAGGAACGACGCAGCUGGAGGGCAGCCUUGGAUAAACAGCUAAGAAAGAACCUGAAGCUUAAACCAAUAAUGAGGAUGAAUGGGAACUAUGCUCGCAGGUUAAUGACCAUGGAGGCUGCAGAGGUGGUGUGUGAGCUGGUGCCCUCAGAGGAGAGAAGAGAAGCCCUGCGGGAGCUUAUGAGACUCUACCUCCAAAUGAAGCCAGUGUGGCGUGCCACCUGCCCAGCUAAGGAGUGCCCCGACCAGCUGUGCCGCUACAGUUUUAACUCGCAGCGCUUCGCUGACCUUCUCUCCUCUACCUUCAAAUAUAGGUACAACGGGAAAAUAACUAAUUACCUGCACAAGACCCUGGCUCAUGUGCCUGAAAUCAUAGAGAGAGAUGGAUCCAUUGGAGCCUGGGCUAGCGAGGGAAACGAGUCAGCAAACAAAUUGUUCAGGCGUUUCAGGAAGAUGAAUGCACGUCAGUCAAAGGCCUACGAGUUGGAGGAUGUGCUGAAACACCACUGGCUUUACACCUCCAAGUACCUGCAAAAGUUUAUGGAAGCUCACAAAGACUCUGCCAAGGCAUUCCAGGCAACUAUUGACCCAGAAGAGAUCCAGGACAAUGACAAUUUGUCUCUGGAUUUUUGA